AUGCCCGAGCAACUUGAUCUUAUUCGUAAGAUUGGCAUUCACAAGGAAAGCAAAAUGUACAAAUACGUUGUGAACAUUGUGGUCAACAACCGCAUCGAAGUAUUAGAGGCUAAGAUAGAGAACCUUCAGCUUUGCGGCCUCUCGCCUGAACAAGCCUUGGAAUUAGUUAGGGUUGACCCUUCAGUCCUCAACAAGUCGGAGGAAAACAUUAAGAAAAAAAUGGACUUUAUUCUGAAUCAAAUGGAACUCUCUGUAGACUUUGUGGUUAAGCAUGCAUGCAUGCUGUCAAUGAGUUUUGAGAAGGUAAUAAGGCCCAGGUUUUUAGUUGUGCAAACUAUGACAGCGAUGAAUGGAGCGGGGGAGGUUAAGCCGACGCGAAUUGGUACCGUAUUGAAGAUGACCGAGGCCAAGUUUGUUGCCCAGAUCAUACAAGGGCACCCUGAAUCCGCUGUUCUAUGGACUGUUUAUAAAAAUGCCAUCGCUAAUGUCUCAGAAAUCUCAAAGAUAAAAAGCUUUGUUAGCAUUUGA